AUAAGAGAAGAACGAAUGAACUUGCUUUUCUGUAGCUCUGCCUGUAGUCGAAUAUACACAAUUCAAACGAAAUUUAUUUUAAAAUGUUUCCCAAUUGGUUAAAUAUCUCGGAUAAGAAGCAAGUCUGUUCUAUAUAAAACGUGAAUGGCAAUUGAUGUGUGAAUCGGAAAAUGACAUCGAAGAUAGAAUGGCAUAAAAAUUUAUAUGAAAAUUAUGGACUGCCAGACAAUUAUUCAGAUAGUUCGUUUUUAAAGCAGUUACGUAAGAAUAUCAAACUAAAUAAUAUAACACUAACAGAAGCAAUUAUGUUUGGAGCUACAAUAUGUAUUCAAUUAAAUAUUGUAGUACUCUUUGUCAUUGUAUUUGUAUGGUUGAACAGAGAGUGGACUACGCCUGAUGUAAUAUUUGUAUCAAGUGUAAUCCUGACAGUAUUUGGUUAUCUUGUAUAUUGUUUGAAAGAACCAAACACUUUGACCAAGUUAACAGAAGACAUUAGGACAGUAUUAAUUUUUCUUACAUUUGGUUAUAUUUUGUCUCCUGUUUUGAAGACUUUAACAGAAACCAUUAGUACAGAUACAAUCUAUGUUAUGACCAUAUUGAUGUUUUUAACGCAUUUGAUAUUUAGCAAGUAUGGUUCUCUCCAGAUUUCUUUGUCCGAUUCUUUGUCAAUAACAUCUUCCAUAUUUGGUUCGCUGAUGUUAGCUUCUAGAUUGGCAUCUCCAUCUCACGCAUUUUCUCUUCUUACGGUUGCUGUGCAAUGUUUUGUUUUAUUACCAUUCCUUUUAUAUAAAUUAAGCAACAAAAUAUUUAUUUCAAGCUUCUUGACCUUCAGUACUUUAUAUUUUCUUUUAUUCAUUUCGCAAACAAUCUCUUAUGUUUUUAUGAUAUCUGUAACAUUCCUUCAUUUUAUAUGUCCUUACUGGUAUGUACAAUGUCAGAGAUAUAAAGACAACAUUUAUGGUCCUUGGGACGAGGCUGUUAUUACUUCUUAGCAAUUUUGAAAUAUUAUGAUCUGUCCAAUUUCAUGUUUCUAAUAAAUAUCGUUCGCGCAUGACUUUCGAUAGCAUUCAUAAAUAUACACAGACGUAUAAAAAAAUAUGUUCUUGUACAUUUGAAUAACUAUAUAUAUAUGUAAAUAUAAAGCGAGUUUAUAUAAA